AUGACUGAUGGUUUGGAUGAUGUGAUCGAGCUGAAUGUGGGAGUUGUCAUGUCGACUGCCUUAGUUGUGGCUUUGCUCCUCAACCUCUUCCAUGUGGGUCUUGGUUUCCGCACAGAAGUGGUGGCCAACAUGUCCACGGCCAAGCCGGACUGCGCGGCGUGGUAUGAUGUCCUUCCGGGCAAAUUCAAGGCCAAGUUCGGAUGGACCAGCAGCGACCGAAAGGACUACCUCAGCAAGACGCCCGACCCCUGCGCAGAGGCGGGCUUGGAAUGCUGCGGUGGUCAGUGCGCUUUGCCCGGCUGCGAGACGGACGUGGAGUGUUUGCAGUGCAAGGCCUUGAUGGCUGGCAGCAGCAUCCCAUCUGAGGUGCAGAAGGAGAUCUGUGAGGAUCCUAAGUUUUGCAGCAACAUGUUCUCCAACAAUUGCGCCUACUUGGCCGGCGAGUGCACCCGCAAAAAGCAGAGCUGCGACGCCUGCACUAAGUCCUACAAGGACAGUGCUCCUCAUGUGGCCAAAGCGUCGUGUGAAAACACGGACCUCUGCUACCUCCCGCAGAUCGGAACCUACAAGGAGGGUGGCUGCAAGUGGAACGGUGACCAAAAGAGGUGUGAGAGAGGUCAGCACAUGAGCACGACCCGUGCUGUGCUGUGCUGCGCCCCGCACUCGAUGCUGGCAGGAAUGUUCAGUGGCAACUUCGAUGCGAGUCACAAGCGUGACAAGGAGAAUCGGAUAUUCCUGGACGUUGAUCCGCCCAUGUUUGAAAAGGUGCUACGGCAUCUGCGGCUGCGCCGUAUCGCCAGUCCAGACCAGCCGGCGCCGCUGCCGCAGGUACCAGAGGAGCUUCGUGCGGAGUGGGACAUGAUGAUCAAAUACUUUGGCCUCGACGUCUAUAUGUACGGCGACAUGGGUCGGAGUUGCAAUAUCUUACAGAGGAUUGCGGAGAUGAACGAGGUGGAUCAAGCCAAGCUGCAGGAGAACGACCUGGUGCGCAUCACUUUGAGCUCCACGGGUGGUGUGCCCUCCUCCAGCCAUCAGGAGGUGCAGGUGGCGCCGCCCAUGCUUCGUGCUGUUUGGGAGCCACCGCGGCUGGACGCCCAGAAGCUGAAGGCGUGUGCUCCGAAGCCUCUGGAGGCAGGUCAGUUGAAGGCUCUGAUCGCAGAGGCCAAGCACCCAAAGUCGAAGCCUCGCAAGAAGUACACCUGGCGCAAUUCACCUGAGAGGCCAGGCCUGUGGCGCUGUUGUGAGUGUGAGCAGUGGCUUCCAGCAACGGCUUUCCACGUUCAAAAAAGGCGCGGCAUGCAGUUUCCGCAGACAUAUUGCAAGGAAUGCGGCAAUGAGAAACGUAGGUUGCACCAUCGCACGUUGCGGGGGUGUUUGCUUCAUUUUCUCCAGAGUGCCAGACUUAGAGCCAAAGAGAAGCCGUGGAAUGUGACCCUGACCUUCGAAGACCUUCUCGAGAUGGUGGAGCAGCAGAACUGUAGGUGUGCCUACUCGGGCGUGCCAAUGGAGAUGCUUGUACCAAACAGUCAUUGGAGAAUGUCCUUGGAAAGGCUCAACAACAGUGAAGGGUAUUCCCGUGAGAAUUGUGUGCUAAUUGCGUGUGAGUUCAACACUGGGGAUUGUAGCCGACACAGGGGCGUUGAUGCCAAGACAGUUGAGGGAAGCGGGCAGUGGUCGCUGCAGAAGGUCCGGGCUGUUUUCCAGUUGAGACAUCAGCCCUUAGACAGUGAAUCGUUGGCAAAGGACAUCACUGAAGCCCGGCUCGGACGCAGACUUGAGAAGAGACACUUAUUUCAGCACAGGCAACGAGACGAAAGGGCAAUCAUGGCAAGCCGAAUCUAUUGUUCGGCGUGUGAUAUGUUUCUUGCUCCUGGCAAUUUCACUCCAUCCCAGCUGUCACAUGGAAAGUACUGCACGGCGUGCUGGCGGAGAUAUAGUCGAGCACGGCGCUCCACGUUGAGGGGUCAUAUGCAGAAGUGCUUGGGUGACGCAAAGUCUUCGGCAAAGAAAAGGGGCCAGGAAUUCUCCCUCACCCUCUCCCAAGUUCUUGACAUGCUAGAGCACCAGUGUGGCCGCUGCUUCUAUUCGGGUGUUCCUUUGGAGUACAAGCGAAUCCACGCUCCUUGGCGUUUGUCGAUAGAGCGCCUGAACAACUCAAUUGGAUACACUGUGGAAAACUGUGUGUUGAUUGCAAUCGAAUUCAACACCUCUGAUCAAAGCCGCAACAAUGCAGUGACUGAAGUGUUUGGAACUGCGCAAUGGUCUAGGGAAAAGGUUGAACAUGCUUGGGGCGACAAAGGCUGGGCAUCCCAAGGUGCCUUGCUGACCCUGGCUUGCAAAGAGGUGCUGGGCGCCUCGGGCUUCUCGGAGCGGUCGCUGGAGAACAGCUACGGCGCCUAUCCGAAUAGCAUCACCAUCAAGUUCCUGAAACAUCGGGUGAAGGUGGAAGCCAUGGAGUUGCGCGCAAAGAUCGCAGAUGUGCUGGCGCACAUGUCCAACAAGUGGACCUUCAAACAUGGCCAGGAGUCGGUCAACAUGUCGUACUCCUUUUCCCGCUCCGAGCCCGGAACCGGCCGUCUUGAUACGCCGGGUCUGGGCCAAGCCUUUGUGGAUGAGGUGGUCUGGCUCUUUCCAAGAGACUUCUGCUUGGAGCACAUCGUGCUGUGGGGUCACGUCAUCGAAAAGACCUGA